AGUGUGGUCGCAGACCCUGGGAGUAGGGCUUGUGGCCUUGGGUGGGGUGCUUCUCUUAGGGGUAAGGCUGUCUGUGGGCGUGUUAAAGGGCUUGGGUUAUUUUCUUUUUCCCUUUCUGAUUACUCAGGCUUCCAAGGAUUAGGUCUCAUGUUAUGGAAGGUAUGGGGCCUCUACCUGAAUUAAUUCAGGUGCUGGGAGCAGCGGAACGGAAGGUGGACAGACCUCAGUUGCUCCGACGGACUUGAGCCCAUCAGUCCGUUCUUACAAGUUUCCCCCACCCCCGACCAAGGUGUAUGCAAGUUCUGCUUCUUAGCGUCGCGGCUGGCCCAACUUAGAGGCUGACUAGGAACUCUUACUCAGAUUUGUUAAUCUACAGAAUGCUUCGAUAUUCAUAUUUUUGUAAACUCUACAAAGAACUGUUUUACUGUUGGAUGGAGUCUGGUGCAUUUAAUUUGGGUAUCUGUCCCCAAGCAAUGCACACGACAGCAGCAGUGCACACUGAAUAUGAAUCCUUGGAAGAGACCGCUCUGUGUGGCACUGGGAAGGUACAUAGAUCUGCAGAGGAAGAUUCUGAAGCCAUAGCUAAAUUACAUAUUCCAGUAAUGGUGGAUGAAGUUGUUCAUUGCUUGACACCACAAAAAGGGCAGGUCUUUCUAGAUAUGACAUUUGGUUCAGGAGGACACACGAAAGCCAUUCUUCAGAAAGAACCAGAUAUUACUAUCUAUGCCUUAGACCGAGACCCAACAGCUUAUGCAAUAGCUGAGAAGCUUUCAGAAGUGUAUCCGAAACAGAUCCAAGCUAUGCUGGGCCAAUUCAGCGAAGCAGAGGCUUUGUUAAUAAAUGCUGGAGUGCAGCCAGGGACUAUUGAUGGAGUUCUUUUGGACCUGGGGUGUUCCUCCAUGCAACUUGAUGCUCCUGAGCGAGGUUUCUCCCUUCGGAAGGAUGGCCCCCUGGACAUGAGGAUGGAUGGAGACAGGUAUCCUGACAUGCCCACUGCUGCUGAUGUUGUGAAUGGUUUAGAUCAACAAGCACUUGCAUCUAUCCUACGAGCAUAUGGAGAGGAAAAGCAUGCCAAGAAAAUUGCUUCUGCAAUCAUUCAAGCACGCAGCAUAUACCCUAUCUUGAGAACCCAGCAGCUUGCCAGCAUUGUUGCAGGUGCCUUUCCUCCCUCCGCUGUCUAUGCAAGAAAGGACUUGCUGCAAAGAUCUUCCCACAUCGCUACCAAGACUUUUCAAGCACUUCGAAUCUUUGUGAACAAUGAGCUGAAUGAGCUCUACACAGGACUGAAAACAGCACAGAAAUUUCUGAAAACUGGUGGCCGCCUUGUUGCUCUGUCUUUCCAUUCUUUAGAAGAUCGCAUUGUGAAACGAUUUUUGCUUGGGAUAAGUAUGACUGAAAGAUUUAACCUAAGCAUUAGACAGAAGGUGAAGCAAAGGUCACAGAUGGAUUCAAAUAUUGAGAAUGACAGAAGUGAGAGGGGCAGCUCUGUAAGAGCUCCUCUGAAUUGGGAUCUCCUUCACAAGAAGGUCCUUACUCCGGAAGAUCAGGAUGUCCAAGAAAACCCCAGAGGGCGCUCAGCCAAGCUAAGGGCAGCUAUCAAAUUAUGAAGAUCUUAUUAUUUGAUCCUCAAAUUUUCCUCCUAUAUUUCUAUUUUUUUCUAAUUUAAAACAGUGUUUCUGAACAGUUUAAUGCAAUGUAAAGUAUGGGGCAGCCUGGAAAUGACUGGUAUUUAGUAUUUUUUUUCUCUAAAGAUAAUGUAGGAAGUUUUAACAUGACACAAAAACUUCCACUCAGAGAGCAGGGAGUCUUAAAACGGGAAAACUUUGUUGAUCUCCGCAUUGUAUUUGAAUUAUAAAAUUCAGUCAUUUAUUUAAAGAGGAAAUGGAAAGCUACAGAGACAGCUGACAGGAGCUCCUUAGAACUCAGGGACUCUAGACCAACAGCUGGGGAGCCUGCAUGGGCUGAACUAGGCCCUUUGAAUGUGGAUGACAGUUGGGUGGCUUGGUCUGUCUGUGAGGCCCUUGGCAGUGGCACCAGGAUCCAUACUCUGGUACAUGAGUUGACUUUUUGGAGCCCAUUUCCUAUGGCGGAAUGCCUUGCUCAGUCUUCAUGCAGUGAGGAGGGGCUUGGUACUGCCUCAACUUAAAGUGCCAGGCUUUGUUGACUCCCCAUGGGAGGCCUCACCCUUUCUGAGGAGUGAAUUGGAAAUGGGUUGGUGGGGGAUGUGGGGGGAGCAGGAGGAGGAGAGAGAGAACUGUGACUGGUAUGUAAAAUGAAUUUAAAAUUUUUAAAUAAAAACAACAAAAGUAUUGAAUCACUGCAUAACUUGUUUUGGCUAUCUAUUUUGUUUGUGUUUUUAUAUUAUAGCCAGUAGUUUAUAAGUGAAUAAAGUAUGCCAAUUAAGUUCUUGUAA